UGCGCGUCUUGGUGGUCCCAGUACGGGGCUCUCGCCCUUGAGUUGCAACCGUGCACUCUUCGUGUGAUGCACAUGUGGUCUUGCGCCUCUCGAGCGGAGAGGAACUGGGCAGUCCACGAGGGCAUCCACACGAAGAAGCGUAACAGGUUGGCCUUUGAGAAGGUCAUGCAGCUCGUUGAGAUCACCGCAAAUGUGCGGUUGACAGAGUAUCGGUGGGCAAGAUGCGGUUACGUGCUGCCAUGGCAGCGUGACGAGGGGAUGUUGGACUGUCAGGCAGGACUGGAGGUUGAGCCGGUGCGCACGGGCACGCGCCAGGGGAUGACGACGGCGGAGAUUGCAGAGCAGGUUGCACUUAUUACGCGCGAUCCCAUCGGGUCUUCUGCACCACCAUCCGCUGAUGCCGUUUUUGAGAGACGUGCUUGCAUUUUCCGUUAAGGUGGGGCCUCUCAUGCCGCCACGAGUCGUGCAGAGGCGGGGAUACCGACUCCUGCUCCGAUCGGGCGAGAGCCGGACGUUCAGCCACCUCCUGCGCCGAGUCCUGCACCGCCCAUCCCCGUCCCGCCUCUUCAGCCGGCCACUACACAGGCGGAGACGGAGGAGUUGGCAUCCUCCUUGCCUCCGCAGGGGGUUCUGCAGAGAUCGGCGGUGGUUCGACAGCUGAGGUUACGAUCACCUUCCCCGGGGGUAUUACAGGAGGAGGGGGAUGUGGCAGCAGCAGCGCAGGAGGCACCAGCAGUCUCGACGGCGAGGGAGGAGGUGCCAGCACAGGCGACGGUUGAGGAGGAGGUAGCGGCAGCGAGGCCGCAGGAGGCCGAUGCUAUGGAUCAUGACGGUGUGGACACCGAUGAGCAGCUCGUGCAGUGCUUCAUCACGGAGGAGGUCGAUCCAGUAGUGGGGGGUUUGACCCCGGGGGCGGCGAGUGAGCUGGGGAUUUUUGGUCCCACAGGGGAGGCGGGGUCAGAGAUGGGGACGCACUUCGACUUUGACUUGUUGAUGGGCCCUCCACCUACUUGCGGCGGGGCGACAUCGACGGAUCGGGCGCCGCAGAGUCUCCAGAUACAGCACGCGACAUCAUGGAGCGAGAGAGGGUCUGGGGGGGAUGGUGUGCAGGGUGGGGUGAUGGCCGCGGAGGACGUUAUGGAGGAAGUAGCAGCAGAGGCGGACGAUGAGGCUAUACAGGGUGGGCCAAAGGCAGUGGAUGUUCCUGUGGAUCGCCGGCCACAAGCGGCAGAUGAGGCUGUGCAGGCAGGACAGCGGCGAGAUGAGGGGGCUAUAGACGCACGACCCCUGGUUCAGGAGACAGCGACGGGUCCAGUUGUUCCUUUCUCGGGCCUGCACUUGGCUCAGGGCCGACAGUCGCAGCCGGUUCAGGUGGCAGUGCAUGGUGUGCCACCGCCCGUUAUCACGGAUAUGGGGUCCGAGCCGGUGCUGGUGCCUCCACGUCCUCCUAGUCACCUUGCUCCGCAGGAGUUCCGUCUUCCUUUGGAUGCAGAUGAGUUGGCGAGAGAUGCGGUGCGUGAUGUUACUCGAUUGCACCGACGGAUCUUCAACCAGAGGCUCGAGCAUCCAGCAUGGCAGGCGAUCCCUUCGGUUCGAUGGGGUCCUGCAUCGCCCGUGUGGUCUGGGUCUACCUCCACCGGAGGACGUACUGCGAGAGAUGUCCCAGGGGUUUCGGGUAGCGUGCAGGAGACAGCGCCGCAUGAAAGAAACAUGCCAACCCCUCCUCCUAGACCACCUGUAGGUGAUCCAUCAUCGUUGCCCACAGGCAGAGGCUCUCGAUCCCCACAGACGCCCGGAAGAUCGAGGAUUCGUGACAUGACAGCAGCUCUGCGGGACAUGUGUGACACAUCCAUAUUCGGGAGGACAGACAUAGAUUUGGAUUCUACCCGCCGUGUCACGGAGCACACUUCACGCCUUCAGUCGGGCUUGGGAGGAGCUGGUGCCAGGACGACCGUAGCGAGGGAGGUGCCAGCAUCAGGUUGCGAGCCUCACCGAGGUCGUGGUAGAGGAGUGUCCGCCGACACCUUGGAGCACGCUCUGAGAGCAGCGACGCGUGCUGUGCAGGAGCAGACUCCGCGCAAGCGUGGAGUGCCUCCUCGUCCACGCCCUGUGGCUGCAGAGGGAGGCGCUGCGCUUGGAGAGAGUGCCAGGACGACCGUAGCGAGGGAGGUGCCAGCAUCAGGUUGCGAGCCUCAGCGAGGUCGUGGUAGAGGAGUGUCCGCCGACACCUUGGAGCACGCUCUGAGAGCAGCGGCGCGUGCUGUGCAGGAGCAGACUCCGCGCAAGCGUGGAGUGCCUCCUCGUCCACGCCCUGUGGCUGCAGAGGGAGGCGCUGCGCUUGGAGAGAGUUCGGGGGCGGAGGGGUUGGGGAUGCUUCCUGGAUCCCGCCGUUUGCAGACGGUUGCUGAGGCUAGUGCGAGGGUUGUUUUGUUGAGGAAGGGAGGAGGCUUGUCACCAUCGAGGAGGAUGAUCCUAAGACGGAUGCGGCAGUGCGGGAGGAGGACAAGCACUAGGAGGGCGAGGAGGAGGGUGAGGAGGAGAGCGAGAGCGGUUCCGGCGAUCACAACGACUACGGCGACGAUGGCCCCCCAGGCCCCCCACCUCCCCCGCCGACGCGUGCAUCUAGAUUGUCCGCUGCGCAGACUUCUUCGUCCGCACGAGGGAGGAGGAGGUCGGCAUCUGGCACUCGAGGGGGUGCGAGGAGAGGGAGCGGGAAGGGGAAGAAGGGUCGUUGACCGACGGACCGUGAGGCCAGCACUCCCUUUUUCCCCUACUCGCACCGUACUUCAUCAUGUUGUGAGGUCUUGUUUUUUCUAGUCGUGUCGUCUUGUCUUCCUAUAGUUAGACACUC